AUCGUAUUACUGGAGACUCCAGCUCCGAGACAUCUGCUCCACUAAUAACAACGGAGCGCGUCCCCUACGACCGAUCCCGACUCCUGUCGUGCCCCCUCCUCCUCGUGCCCUCCUCCCCAGGACUGUGUGCUCUCUCUCCGUUAUUUGUGGUAAAGCGGUGGAGAUGAGGAGCCACCGUGCAUGUGCUAGCCACGUUUCCCGGCUGUAGUCCAACCAAGCGCCGCGCCUGCCUGCUCCAUCCCCCCCGAGCCUCCGAGAGGCGAGUAGCGGCGGCGGAGCGAGCAGCAGCCCCCGGUGCCAUCGAGCAGCACCCCUUCUUUUUGUUUGUGCGCUCCGCGAGCUGCUGGCUGGAGGAACUGAGCGGCUUCGCAUCCUCACGUCUGCUGGCAGCGUUGUUGUGGGAGAGGACAACGAAGGGCGGAUGGGCAUAACAAAGAUAUACAUGUGUCUUGUUUGAACAAACUUGAACCGGAGGAUAUUCUGUCUGAUUUUUUCUUUUUUCACAAGAUUUUUUUGUUGUUUGUUUUGGAGACCAUGGAGUCAGUGGAGAAAGAGUGUGGAGCGCUGGGUGGAUUAUUUCAGGCCAUCGUUAACGACAUGAAGGGUUCUUACCCUGUUUGGGAGGACUUCAGUGCCAAGGCCACAAAGCUGCACUCUCAACUCAGGACCACAAUUCUGGCAGCCGUGGCCUUUUUAGAUGCCUUUCAGAAAGUGGCGGACAUGGCUACCAACUCCAGAGGAGCCACCAGGGACAUCGGAUCAGCUCUGACAAGGAUGUGCAUGCGACACCGCAGCAUUGACGCAAAAUUACGCCACUUCACCAAUGUCCUCAUGGACGGCCUGAUUACGCCACUCCAAGACAGGAUGGAGGAAUGGAAGAAGACAGCUAAUCAGCUGGACAAAGACCAUGCCAAAGAAUACAAGAGAUCUCGCCAGGAAAUCAAAAGGAAGUCGUUAGAUACAAUAAAACUCCAGAAAAAAGCUAGAAAAGAGCUUCUAGGCCGGGGAAACCUGCGCCCUCAGCUGGACAGUGCCAUGCAGGACGUCAGCGACUUGUACCUGCUGAUGGAGGAGACGGAGAAGCAGGCCGUGCGAAGAGCGCUUCUGGAGGAGAGAGGCCGUUACUGUUCAUUCAUCAACUUACUUCAACCUGUGGUGAAUGUGGAGAUUGCCAUGUUGGGAGAGAUAACGCAUUUACAAGCCAUUGUUGACGACCUCACUGUGUUAACUGAAGACCCACAUAAGCUGCCCCCGGCCAGCGAGCAGGUUAUCCGAGACCUGAAAGGCUCUGAUUAUAGCUGGUCCUACCAGACCCCUCCUUCCUCCCCAAGUAGCACCAGCUCCAGAAAAAGCAGCAUGUGCAGCCUGCUCCAGAUGCCCUCAGCAGGAGCCCAUCGGCUCAGCAGCGUCUCCUCCCACGACUCCGGCUUCGUUUCCCAGGAUGCCAACACCCAUUCUAAGCCUCCGUCGCCCAUGCCCUCUGAUAUCACCAGCCAGAAUUCAACAAGCUCAGCCUCUUCUGAGGCUUCAGAAACCUGCCAGUCUGUCAGCGAGUGCAACUCUCCUACAGCGUUUGGCUCAUGCUCAUCCUUCGGUACCUUCCGCCCUGCUUUCUCUCACACUGGCACCAUCAGACCUCUAUCUGUCAUACUUCCUGCGUCCCCCACAUUUAACCACUCCCCCGGAUCCAACAACCCCUCACCCACAUCAAAGGUUCCUAGCUGGAAGGACUGGGCCAAGUCGAGUUCCUGUGAGCCAUCGUUGGCCAGCACUCUGCAGCGCAGGAGGGAGCCUGUGGAUAAGAUGAGAGAAAUGGAGGCUCCACCCAGUCCUCAGGGAUACCGCGGGGUGCAAGCAGAUGAUCCGCACCGGCCGAGAAGUGGACCAGGAAUUAUUACAGCAAAGCAUGGAGAGCCUCUUUCACCAGCAGCCAGCACUUUAGCCAUGGUUCUGACCAGAGGCUUGAGUAUGGAGCAACAGAAAAGCAGCAGGGACUCUCUGCAGUACUCCAGUGGCUACAGCUCCCAGACCAACACCCCCUCCUGUUCUGAAGACACCAUACCCUCACAAGGUUCUGACUAUGAGUGCUACUCUCUCAAUGGCGAUGCUGACAGUGAAGGGCAAGCAGACUUUGACAAGUCUUCCACCAUCCCACGCCACAGUAAUAUUGCUCAGAGCUACCGCCGCAUGAUCCAAACCAAGAGGCCUGCAAGCACAGCAGGUAUACCUGCAGGUAAGAGCCUGCAGGGAACUUCUAACGGUGGAGCCAUUUCCUCUGGGACAGCCACUAUUCGCAGGACGCCAUCCUCCAAAACGGGUGUGAGGCGAACACCGUCCACAUCUGGCCCUAUUCCCAUCCGGCCCCCUAUUGUGCCGGUUAAAACCCCCACAGUGCCAGACUCUCCAGGGUACGCUAGUCCGUCCCAUCAUCGUACAGGCAGUGAGGAGUUUCUAUAUGGAGAUGACCCAUCGCCUAGUGAUUACAUGAGGGCUUCUCCAAAGCGGAUGAGUCUCCCUGACACAGCUUGGGGCUAUGGAGAAGGAGGAGGAAGGGUAGACAGGACUGUUUAUACCCAGCAGGCCCCUGGCAUGGCCGCCCACAGUGCAGAGGAGGACCCUCUGCUUGCUGCCAACCGUCACAGCCUGGUGGAAAAGAUAGGAGAGCUGGCAGCCAGCGCCCACGCCCUCGGUGAGGGUCAGUUCCCAUUCUCCAGCCUGCUACCAGGGGAUCCAGCUCAGUGUGCACUCCAGGAGCCGUCCUCUGCGACUCAAGGGGAUGUGGAUAUGCUGGUGACCAUACGCCGGGGGGUGAAGCUGCGCAAAACAGUAACUGAUGACAGGUCAGCUCCCAGGAUCCUUCGGUAGUUGACAGAGAGGAGAGGUUUUGGGGUCGCAGCUGUAGUGCCCUAGCUUACAAACAGUGUGUUUGUAAUUAAAUCUAAGAGCACUCGUCUGACACAUGAACCGAAGCACAAGUAACAAAGAGGAUGUUACGUGUGGUGAAUAAAGGCCAGUCGAGUACGGAGACUGCAAACAAUGUCAAGCCCUUUCAUGUUAUGUAUGUAUUGCAUUAUUGAUUGUAUUGAUUACAUACAAGGUAAUCUUUUUUUUUUUUUACUAUUCUGUUUUGUUUGUUUAGUUGGCUUUGUGACUGUGCUCCUUCUGCUCCCUGUGUGACCAGUAGUUUCAGUCCAGUUGGCCAGUUUGUCCCUGUGGACUCUCUAAACAUCACUCUGCUGGGGAUUGAAUGCAUUGUGUUCUUCUUAUUGCUCUUAUGAUUAUCAUGAUACUGUGCAUUUCUCUGUUAACGCAGCCACUUAUAAGUGGAGAUUGAAGGGCGCAGUGCUCUGUGAGCCUGUCAGUAUGUUGUGUUCCUCAUUGUUACUGUCCAAGUACGGUAUUACUAUUUCAUUUAAUGAGCUGGACAGCAGCUGUAUAAUUUCAUGUAAAAAUAGAAGCAAUAUGGCAGUGUUUGUAUUGCUGUACUGUACUGUCAAUAUAUUCUGCAAUUAAACUGGCUUUUUUCUUUAAA